AUGACUGGUAUCGAGCUUUCCAAACCCCCUCCAGCGGGCAUCUACGUUCCCGUCCCGACCUUCUUCGCGUCCAAGACGGCGCAAAACUACGACCCCAUCUCCCCGCCAGUGGAUAUUGAUGCUCAAGUCGCUCACUCCGUCUACCUCGCCAAGGCCGGUAUCCGCGGUCUCGUCGUCCUCGGCAGUACCGGCGAGGCUAUUCAUCUUCGCGCUGACGAACGCGGUCUGAUUCUCGCCCAAAACAUCGAGGAGGUCGUAGAGCAGCUUGUCGUAGCCAAGGAAUCUGGUGCUAAUUGGGGUCUUGUGCUUGUGCCUGGGUACUUUGCCGGAUGCACUUCGCAAGAUGGCCUCGUCCGGUGGUUUACCGCCGUGGCGGACCGGAGUCCUCUGCCAGUAAUGAUCUACCACUACCCCGGUGUAUCCAACAACGUCAAAGUGGCCCCUUCCACCUACGUCACCCUUGCCCAGCAUCCUAAUAUCGUGGGCUGCAAGCUCUCUCACGGCGACCUCUCCCACCACUGCCUCAUCGCCUCUAAUCCGGCCAUUGACCACGAACACUUUUUCACAUUCACCGGCCUCGGCCAACAGCUCCUUCCUGUCAUAGCCGUGGGCGGUGCCGGCGCUAUCGACGGCUCAGCAGGCUUCUUCCCUCGCACGGUGGUACGCCUCUACGAGCUCUCGAGGGAGCCGCGCCCCACGGAUGAACAGCUCAGCGAGAGAAGGAGACUACAGUUCAAGGUUAGCUCCGUCGAGGAACUCGUUGUCGGUUACGGCACCGUUGGUAUCAAGGAGGCGACCAGCAGGCUAAGGGGAUUCGGCGACGUUGACGGUGCGAGAGCUCCAUUGGCCGCCGGUAUGGGCGACUGGGAGAAGUGGGACGAAAUUAUCAGUGCGGCCGAGGAAGAGGAGAGGAGACUCGGAGGAGAAUGA